GAUUAAAGAAUCCACAUCGGUUGAGGGAAGUUUGUUGUCAGGUGUCGAUACAACGUUACUUCUUCAAGAACCCGAAUCUCGGUCCGGUACCAGCAGCUGCACUCUGAACCGGGCUGACAGGAGAACAUGAGCUUCUUAUUUGGGAAUCGUUCAUCUAAGACGUUUAAACCGAAGAAGAAUAUUCCAGAAGGAUCUCACCAGUAUGAGCUCCUCAAACAUGCUGAAGCCACGCUUGGCAGCGGGAACCUGCGUAUGGCCGUCAUGCUUCCAGACGGAGAAGAUCUGAAUGAAUGGGUGGCCGUCAACACGGUGGAUUUCUUUAAUCAAAUAAACAUGCUGUAUGGCACCAUCACAGAUUUCUGCUCGGAGGACAGCUGUCCCGUCAUGUCAGCCGGACCGAAAUAUGAGUAUCAUUGGGCAGAUGGGACCAACAUUAAAAAGCCAAUAAAGUGUUCUGCUCCCAAGUACAUCGAUUAUCUAAUGACGUGGGUUCAGGACCAGUUGGACGACGAGACCCUUUUUCCUUCUAAAAUUGGUGUUCCAUUUCCAAAGAACUUCAUGUCAGUGGCUAAGACCAUUCUGAAGCGUUUGUUCAGAGUUUAUGCUCAUAUAUAUCAUCAACACUUUGACGCAGUCAUGCAGCUGCAGGAGGAAGCCCACCUCAACACGUCUUUCAAACACUUCAUCUUCUUUGUACAGGAGUUUAACUUGAUCGACCGCAAGGAGCUGGCGCCCCUUCAAGAUCUGAUUGAUAAACUAACAACUAAAGACAGAUAAACAGUGAAAAGUAGAGAAAGAGAGGGAAGUAAUGAUGGAAAAACAGUGAUCUUACUCCGUCUUCUGACUACCACUUCUAUCUUUUGUUUUGUACAGAUGAUUUAAGCCCCACAGCUCAUGCUAGGCGAAGGUCAGCAAAUACUAACGCUUACAAAGGGAUCAAGCCUGUUAAGAUUAAAAGGCUUAUUUAGAUUAUUUUAUUACUCCUCAAUGGCAGUCAUUGAGCCUGGUCUUGAUGCCUGGUUGAAAUGGUUACCACUACUUAUUCACACUUUAGGUUAGUUAGUGGUCACUGAAAGAGUGCGAUUUAACCCAAGAGCAUCGCACUUAGUAUGUACUAAAAUGAUACCAUGUGUUAUCAUGGUGCUUGUAUCGCGCAAAGCAAUGAUUUGGAGAUUUGCUCAGUUUCGCUAGUGUGAAUGUUUUAAAAGUUGUAAUGCUGACAUCAAAAGGAUGCAGUUAAAUAGUCAAAGUCUAUUUUCCUAUGCAAUAACUAUCACGUUAUUUAUCCUUACUGACGUUAUCGCACAAAAUCGUUCUUUGUAGUUUGUUUCUCCAUUUAUGCAUUUCUAAGCUGUGGAUUUGGUAUUGAUUACUAUGAAGGGCUCUUAAUUUAGCAAGGUUUGGAAUACUAGUGCAGAAUAUCGCUACACCGAUGGUUUUUGGAAAAUAUCGGCCUUGAUUCUAUGAAGUAGCUUGUUGUUAUUGAAUGAUAAUGGCUCAAAGACUCUUGGUAAGUCAUUUGUUUUGCUUAACUCACACCAACUAGUUCAUUUAAAUAACUUUGUUGAUUUAAUAUAGUUUUAUUUUGUUUCUUCCUGAGUGCUGUAAUAUUAAAACCCAUUUUAUUAUUAUAAUGUUUCAGUUGCAUGAUACCCAUUUGAGCUGUAAUUAUAACGUCAUUCAUGCAACAUACUGAAAUGGAUGUGAGCAAAUUUAGCUUUUGUUUUAUUAGUCGUUUAUAUAAAAGAUUUUGAGAAAUAUUUGGCAUUUGGUCCAGAAGUGAGUGACUGUGGAAUUUUCAUCUCUUCCUCAAUUUCAACGUUUUUUUCUAUCUUUUAAAGGGAUAGUUCACCUAAAACUUUGCCAUCCCAGAUGUGUAUGACAGACACAAACAAAGAUUUUUAGAAGAAUAUCUCAGUUCUGUUGGUCCAUACAAUGCAAGUGAAUGGUGACCAGAACUUGGAAGGUCCAAAAAGCACAUAAAGGUUAUCCAUAUGACUUCUGUGGUUAAAUCCAUGUCUUCUGAAGCAAUAUGAUAGUUGUGGGUGAGAAACAAAUCAAUAUUUAAGCCUUUUUUUACUUUAAAUUCUCCUCUCUCCCGAGUAGGUGGCGAUAUGCAUGAACAAUGCUAUCAGCCAAAAACAAAAGACAAAUAUAAAAGUGUUGAGAUUUGAGAUUUAUAGUAAAAAAAGGACAUAAAUAUUGAUCUGUUUCUCAUCACCCUA